UCCGGGGAGAGCGGAUAUAGUGAAUGCGGGGUCCGGGGAGAGCGGAUAUAGUGAAUGCAGGGUCCGGGGAGAGCGGAUAUAGUGAAUGCAGGGUCCGGGGAGAGCGGAUAUAGUGAAUGCAGGGUCCGGGGAGACGGAUAUAGUGAAUGCGGGGUUCUGGGAGAGCGGAUAUAGUGAAUGCAGGGUCCAGGGAGAGUCGGAUAUAGUGAAUGCAGGGUCCAGGGAGAGCGGAUAUAGUGAAUGCAGGAUAUAGUGAAUGCAGGGUCCUGGGAGACCAGAUAUAGUGAAUGUGCAGGAUAUAGUGAAUGCGGGGUCCGGGGAG